AAGUAAAAACAAAGUUAAAGUUAAAUGUUGGCAAAGUAUAGUGGUAUAUGAAAUCCGCAUUCAGCAUCAAACACGAACCAAUUACUAAAUUCAAGUUCCUCAAAAUUCCCAACUUACCUCGUUUCUACCAAAUUCCCUNNUUCCCUCUCACCACUUUCACAUAUUUCCAUAUCAAUCACUUAUCUGUUACCAUUUCUGUCUCUGUCGUUUGAAUCUGGUGAUGCUUUAUUCUUCUCCUUCACCUCAAUUCCACUCCAGGGGGUAUGUUUAGGAUAUUGAAUGUGUAUUAGAUUAUUGGUUAGGUGAAUAUUCAUUGGAUAAGAUUGAUUGAAAUCAAUGAGAGGUGAAAUGGUGAAUAAUGGUUCAUGGUUCAAUUCUUUGUGGCCUGUCUCUCGCAAGAAUGUAUUAGAUAACAAGACAGUAGUUGGAAUUUUGGCACUAGAAGUUGUGAAUUUGAUGUCGAAGAUAACUAAUUUGUGGCAGGCUUUGAGUGAUUGGGAGGUAUUAAGUUUAAGGGAAGGGAUAGUGAACUCAGUUGGUGUCAAAAUGCUGGUUUCUGAAGAUGAUGAUUACUUGAUGGAGCUUGCAUUGAAUGAUAUACUCGAUAACUUCCGAUCUCUAGCACGGUCUGUUGUUAGGUUCGGUAAGAGGUGUGGGGAUCCGGCUUAUCAUCGGUUUGAACAAUUUGUUUGCAAUCCGGUUCAAAAUUAUAUUCAAUGGUCAGGGUGGGAAUAUAAAUGGAAAAAGAUGGAGAGAAAAGUGAAGAAAAUGGAGAAAUUUGUUGCUUCCAUGACACAAUUUUGUCAAGAGCUUGAGGUACUAGCUGAGGUUGAACAGACUUUCAGGAGAAUGCAGGCAAAUCCUGAACUGCAUCGGGUAAAAUUGCUCGAGUUUAAGAAGAAGGUGGUGUGUCAGCGCCAGGAAGUGAGGAAUCUGAGAGACAUGUCUCCGUGGAAUAGAAGUUAUGAUUAUGUUGUCCAGUUGCUGGUAAAAUCGCUAUUUACGGUACUUGAGAGGAUCAUAAUUGUGUUUGGAAAUAAUCACCUCCCAUCUUUACAGCAAGAAAUUGAUUCUCAGAAUAUGAAUGCUAACAAUCUUCUGCGCAGUCAAUCUUUUUCUGUUUUUAUGCAUUCUUCGAUAUAUCCUUCAGAGAAUGAUCUCUAUGGAUUCAACUCAGGAUCUGUUCAUAAGAGGCCAAACUUUUUAUUUGACAAGAGCAAAAGAAAGAAGGAACAUAAGAAGGCUCUCCAUCCACCUGAAAAAUGUGGAAAGCACAAACGAUCGGACAGCAAGCAGUUAGGAAAUAUCGGGCCAUUCAAACAUUGCAUGUCAGUUUCAAACAAUUCUCCUGUCAUACAGAGUUAUGUGCAGACAAAUGGUUAUGGUGGUUCUAUGAGGUUGAAUGAUUGUCAUAUGAAACAUGUUGAUAAAAUGAAAACAGGUGAUAAUUCAUCUAUCUCCAACAGAAUUAGAAUAUAUUCUAAAUUAUGCGUCAACAACAGGUCAAAGCCGGCUUCUUUUACCCUUGGUGAUGCAGCUUUAGCCCUACAUUAUGCGAAUACAAUUGUAUUGAUCGAGAAGAUGGCAUCAUCACCUCACUUGAUUGACCUAAAAGCAAGAGAUGAACUCUACAAUAUGCUUCCAACUACAAUAAGAACUGUUCUGAGGGCUAAGCUCAAAUGUGACACAAAAAGUAAAUCUUCCUCUGUCCAUGAUGCUGACGUUGCAGCAAAAUGGAGUCCGGUACUCGCACAUACAUUAGAAUGUUUGGCUCCUCUUGCACAUAACACCAUAAGUUGGCAUUCAGAGAGAAAUUAUGAGAAGGAGUGUACAACUGUAAAUGCAAAUAUUUUACGAGUCCAAACUCUUUUUUACGCGAAUCAAGUAAAAACGGAAGCUGCAAUGGUUGAUCUUCUUGUAGGUCUCAACUAUGUAUGCAGGAUUGAAGCAAAAUUAGGCAUGAGAGAUAGAAUGGAGUUUGCUAUAACUAGAUCAUUUAAUGGUCUUUGUAUAAGAAAGAAAGGAAUGUACAAUGAUUUUAUAUAGACUUAUAGAUUAUGAACUUGAAGUUGUCUUGAGGUUGAAGUUGAAUAUCACGAUCCUUGUAUAGUUAUCAUUUUCAAAUGGUAGCCUUUGACAAUUACUAGUACUUUUGAUAUUAUUACCUUGAUUCUACUCUUAGAUUACAUUUGGGUGAAACAAUUUAUUUUAAGGUAAUCUAAUUUGACCAUUUGUUCAAGAUA